UGUCGCUCCCGGCUCGUCUGUCUCCACGUUGCCCCCGCGGGCCUGGUCCGGAGUUGCACACCGAUCUGGGUUGGGCUCGGUCUACAGCCGGGACGUCGCCUCCAGGCGAGAGGGGCGCCCGCUCAGGGGCAGUGGUCUCUCGGUCUCCUCGCUCGCUAGCGGUGCACCGUCUCUGUGGUGGGCGGGCGCGGUCUGUGCGGAGCCUCGCCUGCGUUCUCCCUCUCUCGCAGGUCUGAGCAGCCCCUCGACUACCAUGUCUGCAGCGUGGAUCCCCGUUCUCUGCCUCGGUGUCUGUCUGCUGCUGCCGGAGCCCGCGGGCAGCGAGGGAGCUGGUGAGCUGCGGGGCGGUGGGAGGAGCAGCGGGCCGGCGGGUAGAAGCGCCCUCGGAUCGAGCCCGAACUGUGGCCCGGGGACCGGGCGGAGGGCGCGAAGGUUGGAGCGGCUGCCUGGCGCACCUGCAUCCCUUCGUAGUGCUGAGCUCCUCUGGCUUACCUGUUUCUCUUCAGUUCCCAUUGCUAUCACCUGCUUUACUAGAGGCCUGGACAUCAGAAAAGAGAAAGCAGAUGUCCUUUGCCCAGGGGACUGCCCUCCUGAGGAAUUCUCCGUGUUUGGGAACGCAGUAUAUGCCUCUGUAUCGAGCAUCUGUGGUGCCGCUGUCCACAGGGGAGUAAUCAGCCUCUCAGGGGGACCUGUGAGAAUCUAUAGCCUACCAGGCAGAGAAAACUAUUCCUCAGUAGUUGCCAACGGCAUCCAGUCUCAAAUGCUUUCCAGAUGGUCUGCAUCUUUCACAGUGACCAAAGGCAGAAGUGGUACCCAGGAAGCCACAGGCCGAGCAGUGUCCACAGCACACCCCACAACAGGGAAACGACUAAAGAAAACACCUGAGAAGAAAGCUGGCAACAAAGACUGUAAAGCAGACAUUGCAUUUCUCAUCGAUGGAAGUUUUAAUAUUGGGCAGCGCCGAUUUAAUCUGCAGAAGAAUUUUGUUGGAAAAGUGGCUCUAAUGUUGGGGAUUGGAACAGAAGGACCACAUGUGGGCCUUGUUCAAGCCAGUGAACAUCCCAAAAUAGAAUUUUACUUGAAAAACUUUACAUCAGCCAAAGAUGUUUUGUUUGCCAUAAAGGAAGUAGGUUUCAGAGGAGGUAAUUCCAAUACAGGGAAGGCCUUGAAGCAUACUGCCCAGAAAUUCUUCACGGCAGACACUGGAGUGAGAAAAGGGAUCCCCAAAGUGGUGGUGGUGUUUAUUGAUGGCUGGCCUUCUGAUGACAUCGAGGAAGCAGGCAUUGUGGCCAGAGAGUUUGGUGUCAAUGUAUUUAUAGUUUCUGUGGCCAAGCCUAUUCCUGAAGAACUGGGGAUGGUUCAGGAUGUUGCAUUUGUUGACAAGGCUGUCUGUCGGAGUAAUGGCUUCUUCUCUUACCACAUGCCCAACUGGUUUGGCACCACAAAGUAUGUAAAGCCUCUGGUACAGAAGCUCUGCACUCACGAGCAAAUGAUGUGCAGCAAGACCUGUUAUAACUCAGUGAACAUUGCGUUUCUAAUCGAUGGCUCCAGCAGUGUAGGAGACAGUAAUUUUCGCCUUAUGCUUGAAUUCGUUUCCAACAUAGCCAAGACUUUUGAAAUCUCAGACAUUGGUGCCAAGAUAGCUGCUGUACAGUUCACCUAUGAUCAGCGCCCAGAAUUCAGUUUUACUGACUACAGCACCAAAGAGAAUGUCCUGGCCGCCCUCAGAAACAUUCGCUACAUGAGUGGUGGAACAGCUACUGGGGACGCCAUCACCUUCACGGUCGGAAACGUGUUUGGUCCCAUGAGGAACAGCCCCAACAGGAACUUCCUGGUGAUCGUCACAGACGGGCAGUCCUACGAUGACGUCAGAGGCCCUGCUGCGGCCGCGCACGAUGCAGGUAUCACCAUCUUCUCUGUUGGUGUGGCUUGGGCACCUCUGGAUGACCUGAAAGAUAUGGCCUCUAAACCAAAGGAGUCACAUGCUUUCUUCACAAGAGAGUUCACAGGAUUAGAACCAAUUGUUUCUGACGUAAUCAGAGGCAUCUGUAGAGAUUUCUUAGAAUCCCAGCAAUAAUGGUGACAUUUUGACAACUGAAAGAAAAAGUGCAAUUAUAUGUUUAAGUUGCUUUCUGUAAUACUGAAAUACUAUAUAGCAUACAGAACUAUUACAUUAAAGAUGCUGACAGCUGUUUUAAACAAGUAUUCGUUGAAAGCUACUACUUUAUAAUCACGUUAGAAUUCAUUGUUAAACAUUCUGUGGAGGCUUCAUGGUAAUAAUGACCCUUACAAAGUCAAGAAAGAGGAGGCGGUAUGGAUUAAAAUCUUAAUGAAAAGUUCUACCCAUACACACUAAAUGUACAAAUUCCAUAGCUCAAUAAAAGAAUCUGACACUUAGGACCAAAACACCAUUCCCUCUCUAAUCAUUCUCUAUUAAGUAUGGAAGGAAAAUGAAGAGAAAAAUAGUAAACAGCUCUUCAACUUAGUUCAAAUAUAUUUUGACCCAAGUAGAUGUCAAAUCAAGUUGUUAAUAUACUAAAAACUGACAAAAAUGGAAGGGAAUUAGAUAUCAAGCUUCUUUUGUAGUGUAUUUUUAUAGUAACAUAACUAAAAUAUCACACUGAAUAAAAAAGGAUUACCUGGCAUUUUUCUAUUUAUAUCUUAAUUUUGUAUGUUUAUAGAUAUAUUUGGAUUGUACUCUAAAAAGUCAUCCGUGUACUGGUACAUUUUUACUUACCAUUUAAUAAACACUUAGCUUUAAAAAAAAAAAA